AUGGCACAAACUUUGAAAAGUGCUCUUCCUUCUCACCUCAAGCCCUCGAGCUUAUCUCCAAAUGAUGCCGGCGAAUUUGCCCGGAGCUCGGAUGGAGCAAUGGCACUACAUCAUCAGAGUCCUGGAAUCGAUAUACAAUAUGACUCUACAUUUGAUCUUGACCCACCACCUGUCGAACUACAUCCUGCCAUUUUAUCCCAAUCUGAGCCACAAGAUUUUGCUGUACCUCCUACCAUGAAACCUUUGAGUCCAGCUAGACUAACAAGCAAUAACCAGGCUUUCGAGAACACCUCAACAUCUGUAGCUGCCAGUCAGAUGCGAAAUGCCCUAAACAACCUCGCAGACACCGUCUCAGACCCCGAAGAGAAGAAGCUCUUCGAGACCGAGAUGGACAACUUCUUCGCUCUUUUCCGCAGAUAUUUGAAUGACAAGGCAAAGGGAAAUCAACUCAGCGAUUGGGAUCGCAUUGCCCCACCCGCCCAAAACCAAGUCGUCGAUUACAAUGAACUUGCGAACUCCGAAUCGGUUGGAUUCCUUAACAAAUUGGCUGUCCUCAAGCUUAAUGGAGGUCUUGGUACUUCCAUGGGUUGUGUCGGUCCUAAAUCAGUUAUCGAAGUUCGUGAUGGAAUGUCCUUCCUCGAUCUUUCCGUCCGACAAAUCGAAUACCUCAACCGCACAUACAACGUCAACGUUCCUUUCGUCUUGAUGAACUCCUUCAACACUGAUGAAGACACUUCAAGCAUUAUCAAAAAAUACGAGGGACACAACAUCGAUAUUCUCACAUUCAACCAAUCCCGAUACCCAAGAAUCUUGAAGGACUCGCUUCUUCCUGCGCCAAAGUCGUUCGACUCCCCAAUUUCUGACUGGUACCCACCCGGACACGGAGAUGUCUUUGAGUCUUUGUACAACUCUGGCACUCUCGAUAACCUCAUCAAGCGAGGUGUUGAGAUCCUUUUUCUUUCCAACGUUGACAACUUAGGCGCUGUUGUCGAUCUCCGCAUCUUGCAGCACAUGGUUGAGACCAAGUCUGAAUACAUUAUGGAGUUGACCGACAAGACCAAGGCCGAUGUCAAGGGUGGUACCAUCAUCGAUUACGAAGGUUCUGUCCGUCUCCUCGAAAUUGCUCAAGUACCAAAGGAGCACACCAAUGAAUUCAAAUCUAUUAAGAAAUUCAAGUACUUCAACACCAAUAACAUCUGGUUGAACUUACAAGCUGUCAAACGCAUUGUUGAGAACAACGAGCUCGAGAUGGAGAUCAUUCCCAACAACAAGACUAUCCCAGCUGACAAGAAGGGCGAGUCUGACGUCUCAAUCGUUCAGCUUGAAACUGCUGUCGGAGCUGCUAUUCGUCAUUUCCACAACGCACAUGGUGUCAACGUACCUCGUAGACGUUUCUUGCCAGUCAAGACCUGCUCUGAUUUGAUGCUUGUCAAGUCAGACUUGUACUCAUUGAAGCACGGUCAACUCCAGAUUGACUCCAGCCGUUUCGGUCCAGCUCCUUUGAUCAAGCUCGGUAAUGACUUCAAGAAAGUUUCUGACUUCCAGAAGCGUAUCAGUAGCAUCCCAAGAAUCCUCGAGCUCGAUCAUUUGACCAUCACUGGAGCUGUUAACCUUGGCAGAGGUGUCACUCUCAAGGGUACCGUUAUUAUUGUAGCAACUGAAGGACAAACUAUUGACAUUCCUCCCGGAUCCAUCUUGGAAAACGUUGUAGUCCAAGGUUCCUUGAGACUAUUGGAGCAUUAG